CCCCUCCGUACCUCCCGUCGUCGCACACAACCACAGCGAUACCCACCACGACCCCACCGAUUGCGGACGACGAGCCAUUGCAUGCACAAUCCCCACGACUCCACUUCACACGACCUCCGACGAUUGCUGAAAAUUCUGUAGAGCUGCUCAGCAUGGAGCAGCAGCCGGGAGAGAUCGAGGAAGGAGACGCUAAUUUUCAGUCCAAAUGGAAGGGGACAGAGGGCGCGGAGGACGAGGUGGAGGACGUGGUCGAGAAAGAGUCGGAGUUUGACGACCCGAACAUCGACUUUGCUUCGGAGGACAGCCUAGAAUGGGAGGACGAGUCGCCUUAUCCCGAAGUGCGCGCCGCCGUCUCAAAUACUGACGACAUGAGCAUGCCCGUCAACACCAUCCGCGCCUGGACCAUCGGGCUUCUGUGGUCAAUUCUCAUCCCAGGACUCAACCAAUUCAUGAACUUCCGAUAUCCGAGCAUAACGAUCGGCUCGUUGGUUGCACAACUGCUGUCGUUUCCUCUGGGCAAAGCCUGGGCUCGGUUGUUUCCAUCCGUCAAAAUCUUCGGCGUCUCCCUCAAUCCUGGCCCGUUCACUCUCAAAGAACAUGUCGUGAUUACUAUCAUGGCCACGGUCGGGUCGACGAGUGCCUACGCCACCGACGUGUUGGCUGUGCAGCGCGUCUACUAUGGGCAGAACUGGUCUUUUCUUUACCAAUGGAUGCUCGUCAUAUCUACCCAGCUGAUCGGAUUCUCCCUCGGCGGCAUCGUCAAGCGGUUCCUGGUUUCCCCACCAUCGAUGAUAUGGCCAUCGAAUCUGGUCUCGUGUGCCCUUUUCAACACCCUCCAUUCGCAGCAAUACGCAGCAUAUGGCAAGCACUACGGCAUGAGCCGCGAGCGCUUUUUCCUUUACGGCUUUUGUGCGGCCAUGAUUUGGUAUAUAUUCCCUGGUUAUCUAUUUACGGCGUUAUCUACGUUCUCCUGGGUGAGUGGUAGCAUGCUUGAUGACCCGAUGAUCAUUCCGCUGUUUUGCUAUGGUGGGUAUAACUCUGUCAACAUGAUAGGCAUGUCCAUCCUCACGUUCGACUGGAACAAUAUUGCCUACAUAAGCAGUCCGCUGGCCACGCCUUGGUGGGCCGAAGCGAAUGUCCUGAUCGGAUUCGUUUUUUUCUUCUGGAUCAUCACUCCGGUGCUCUACUACUUGAACGUGUGGUAUGCGACGUAUAUGCCGAUGAUGUCCCGACUGUCGUUCGACAAUACGGGACGCGAAUACAACGUCUCGCGCAUCCUCAUGCCGGACGGAACCCUUGACGUCGAAGGAUACAAAAGCUACAGCCCGCUCUUCCUCUCGAUGACGUUUGCUAUCGCGUACGGCAUGAGCUUCGCCAGUAUCACGGCGACGCUCGUGCAUUCGGUAUUGUACUUCCGGAAGCAGAUAUGGACGCAGGCACGGAGGUCACUGCAUGAGCAGCCGGAUGUCCACGCGAGGCUCAUGGCACGGUACAAAGCCGUCCCUGAGUGGUGGUACAUGUGCAUUUUCGGUGCCGCGGUCGUGGUCGAGGUUUGGCCCACGCAGAUGCCGAUCUGGGCGCUCUUCCUCGCGCUGCUCAUCGCGGCGUUCUACAUCAUCCCGCUGGGCAUGAUCCAGGCGAUCACGAACCAGCAGAUCGGGCUGAACGUCAUCACGGAGCUCAUUGUCGGCUAUGCGCUCCCCGGCAAGCCGUUGGCCAUGAUGCUGUUCAAGACGUACGGGUAUAUCAUGAUGGUGCAGGCGCUGCAGUAUACCUCUGAUGUGAAGCUGGGGCAUUACAUGAAGGUUCCUCCACGAACGAUGUUCUGGUGUCAAAUCAUUGCCACAGCUGUUGCCGGCACGGUACAGCUCGGCGUGCAACAUUGGAUGCUAGGACAUAUCGAUGGGAUUUGCACGCCGGACCAGAAGGACAUGUUCGUGUGUGCGAACACGGAGACGUUCUUUGUCGCGAGUAUAGUUUGGGGCGCCGUUGGACCAGAGAGACAGUUCUCGUCGGGGCAGAUUUAUCACUGGACGGCGUGUACGAUAGGGCUCACGUGGUUUUUCCUCGUCGGCGCUGUUGCGCCCAUGCUGGCAUGGCUCAUCAACAAGCGCUGGCCGAGCAGCUUCUUCCGCUACGUCAACGUACCGGUGAUCCUGUCGGGCACGAGCUUCAUCCCGCCCGCAACGGCGGUGAACUACAUCCCGUGGGCGGUCGCGGGGUUCAUCUUCAACUACCUCGUGCGGAAGCGCCAUUUUAGCUGGUGGGCAAAAUACAACUAUGUGUUGUCCGCGGCGCUCGAUUGCGGGACGGCGAUUGGGACGCUGCUGGUGUUUUUCUGCCUGCAGUAUCCGCGGUCGGGCUCGAUCGGGCGAGACACGAUCGAGAGCUGGUGGGGGAACACGGUGUACAUGGAUACGGCGGACCAGCUGGCGCUGCCGCUGAUCACGAUCCCGGUCGGGGGGAAGCCGUUUGGGCCGGAGACGUGGUGACGGACGAUCUAUGGGUGUGUGUGGGUGUGAAUGUGAACGGACGUGGGAUCUUGUUGUUGUUGUCGUCGUCGUGGGCGUUGUUGUUGUCGUUGGUGUUGUUGUAGGAUGUAGCGGGUCGAUCUAGUCAUACCAUCUCGGGCCUCUGUUACAUCUUUUCUCUUUCUGUGAGUUGAUGUUUGUUUUUGUUUUUGUUUCCACAUGCUAGGCUGGGUAGCGAAGGUGGGCUCUAGCAGGCGGUUGACGAUGCUCCGGGAUAUCUUGUACUAAUGUAUAUUAUGGGAUCUGCUAUUGCUCACGUUUUUUUUUUCAUUGCGACUCACCAAGGUGUACUUUGGCCCAGGAGGAGAUGGAAUCAUAGACUUGCUGCGUUGUC